GAUCAUUCGUGAACAUAUAACAUAAUAUACUACCAACUACCGCCGUGGCUAACCCAGUGUGCGCUGAACUCUUCAAGAGUAUGUGUUGUGUAGUGAAGUGUGUUUUGUGAAGAUGCAGUUUGGAAAGUGAGAACGAGCUGCGCUCACGCACACACACACAAACAUGGCGGAAGACGCGUACGGGAAGCAGCGAGUCUCGCCUUUCUUGAGACAGUCGCUGGCAGUCAGUGGAGUGGUUCUGUACAUGAUCGGAACUGGCGCGAACAUCGCGUUCCCAGGCGUGUUGUUGCAACAGUUACGCGAACCGGACUCCGUGCUGCAACUGACAGAUGAACAUGAGUCGUGGAUAGCAUCCAUCCUUGGGCUAGCCCUCGUGUCUGGAAUCGCGAUCGCCCCCAUCUGCCUGCAGCGGCUAGGAAGACGGCUUACCAACCAGCUGAGCACCCUGCCAGCGUUGGGAGGUUGGGCGCUGAUGGUGGCAGCUACUGGGCCAACAGCCUUACUGAUCAGCAGGACUCUUCAGGGCUUCGGAAUGGGACUCCAAGCUGCAGCAGCGCCAGUCUCCAUCGCCGAAUACUCAUCACCAAAACUCCGCGGCGCCUUCCUUGCCACCAUCGCCUUCUCAUUCGCCACCGGAAUGCUGUUCGCCCACGUCUUCGGCACCAUGCUCUACUGGAGAUCAGCUGCCAUCGCCUGCGGAAGCGUCUAUGCCAUAUCACUUAUCCUGAUCUCACUAUCACCUGAAACCCCACCAUAUCUCGCCUCUAAAGGCAAGUUUAGUCAAUGUAGAACGAGCUUCCGCUGGCUCCGAGGACAUUACCACGACUCCGAAAAAGAACUAGAGGUUCUACUCAACAGUCAAAGAAUGGGAACUGCGGAAACUACAGCUGGGAAGACCAAACUGCAAGUUUAUUUGGAGAUAGUAAAAAAACCUGAGUUUUAUAAACCAACAGUUAUAAUGAUGUUCAUGUUUGUGCUAUUCCAGAUAUCGGGUAUGACUGUUGUACCGUCGUAUACUGUGCCUAUGAUGAAUGAGGUUACUGAUGGAGCGAUAGAAGCGAACACAAGUAUGUUGAUGGUAGAUGUUGUGCGAUUCGUCACUUCAAUCAUGGCCUGUGUCGUUGUCAACAAACUUAACAGACGAACUGUAUUAUUUAUAGGCAUAAUAAUUAGCGUUGUAUCUCUCUUCAUCACAGCGCUUUUACUUUAUCUUAGAGACUUUGGCUAUAUUACAGAAGAGUACAAAUGGAUACCAGUUAUACCAACUCUUUUCUACAUAUUUGGGAAAACUUUAGGGAUUCUACCCAUCCCUUGGGCAAUAGCUGGCGAAAUCUUCCCGCUAGCCUAUAGGAGCUUAGGAAGUGGGAUAUCUGGUAUGUUUCUCUCUAUAAUGUUCUUUGUUGUAGUCAAAACUGCCCCGACGUCUUUCAAAGAGAUCGGAGUCAACGGUACUUUCCUGGUUUACGGUAUGUGCAUCGCAUUUUGCGGUGCUUUUUUGUAUUUCCUACUCCCAGAGACGAAAGGGAAAACGCUUUAUGAGAUAGAAUGCCAUUUCAAGGGAAUUGACUCCAGGCUUAUCGAUUCCAGUGAAAAGGAUAAAAUGCUGGAACUGGAGACCCUGGAAGAGGGUUGAUGGGGUGAACAAGAGAUUAAGGAAAUGCUCUGCCGAUUAUUCCGGCUCCGUAGAUAGGUGAGGAUCUGAAAUUAAUGCUAGUUUGAAUACUUAUUACUGUAGAUUUGGGGUGGAUGUUUACAUUUUGGUGUCUUGUGAAGGCAGGAUACGUAAGAUCUGUGGACAAUUGGCUACUUAUAGAUAAGAUCGUUUGAUUUUUUUGACUGUAACGUCAGUGGUUCCUACAGAUACCUAUCAUGGGUUGCAGAAUUUAUAUAAUCAUGCUCUUUUACAGGUAUAAGCAUAUAGUAUAUGCUUUGAGGUCAUUACGUCAUUUGAAUUGUAAACGAAAGUGCCUUUACUUCACCCUUAAAUCUAUUAAAAUAUAGUAUGAAUCUUUUA